AUGGACGCAGAUCCUCUUCAGCCAGCAGAGGAGGGCCCCAACCCCGAGCCUAUCCGAGAAGAGCAGCCUUUAGAUGCGACGCCCAAGCUGAUUGCGACGGACAGCUCCGAGCUGGAGUCGGAUUGCGAGUCUGACGGCGAGGUAAAAUCCACCCGAUCAUGCUCCCCAGGCACCCUCCGCGGCACAUUCGAAAAUGGGCGCCGAUACUGCGACGACGUCUACUUCAUGCCCAACGACGAACCCGAAUUAACCCGCCUCAACGUCGUGCACCAAAUCUACCUGAUCCUACUGGAUGGCCGGCUGACCACCGCACCACUCACCACGGAAUCACCGCGCAUCCUUGAUGUCGGCACGGGGCCGGGAGACUGGGCCAUCGAAAUGAACGCCGAGUGUCCGCACGCCACCAUCAUCGCCUCUGAUAUCGGCGUCUUCGACUCGGGUAUCGCCCACAUCUCCUUGCCGAACGUCGUCUUCCAGCUCGCAGAUGCCCAGUCGGAAUGGACAUACCACGAGCCCUUUGAUCUCGUGCAUAUCCGCGGCUUGUCCGGCGCCUUCCAGGACUGGUCCUCCGUGUACAGAAACGCAUUCGCUCAUCUCAAACCCGGCGGCUACAUCGAAGUCGCAGACGCAGACCCCGCCGCCGACAUCCUCUCCCCAGAGCCCCAGUCCGACUCCUCCUAUCUGCAGAUCUACUCUGCCGCCCUCCGCUCCGCCGGCGAAGCAUCAGGGUACCUCCGUGACUGCAGCCACCUGCGCACCUCAGCUCUGACCGCAGCGGGAUUCGUCGACGUCCGCGUCCUGGAACGCACAAUCCCCAUCGGCCUGUGGCCGCACGACAUGCACGAAAAAACUCUCGGCAAAAUGGCCCUCAUUGCCCUUCUCGAGGGGUUAGAGGCGUACGCUCUCCGCUCGCUUACCCGCUCCGGCAGCUGGUCGUUGCAGGCGGCUACUAAUCUCUGUGAGAAGGUUACGGCCGAGCUUCUUUCGGCGGAUCGGUUGUCCGUUCGUGUGCGUAUCGUCACGGCGAGAAAGCCUGUUUCUUUUUCCCAGCGGAAAAACGAGGUUUUGGCACGGGCUAUGCGGAAGGCGGAGUUAUUUGCCCGAUGA